AUGGACUAUAAAGUUCAUAUAGAUGCCGGCAAAGAAGAUUGUUACUUUCAACAUGUUCCGCAAGGUGCAACAUUUUAUGCCAGCUAUCAGGUAUUGAAAGGCGGUGACGGUAUGUGUGGUUUCGCCGUCCGGCACCCUAACGGGAACAUAGUUCACCCUUAUGAAUGGAGACAGAGUGCCGAGUACGCGGACCAGACAUCUACAGGAGGUUACUAUUCAGUCUGUAUUGACAAUCAGUUCUCCAGAUUCGCGGGAAAAUUAGUCAAUUUAUACUUGUCGGUAAUAAGGUAUGACAUGUGGGAGAAAUAUGCUAAGGAAGUGGAGGAGCUGGAUAUGAAUAUAAAGAAUUUUACAAAUUCCAUCCAAUUUGUGGAGAGAAAUAUCAAUGAUAUCCUACAAUACCAGUAUCACUCUCGGGCGAGGGAGUCAAGGGACUAUAACUUAUUGCAGGACAAUAAUGCCUAUGUACUUAGAUGGUCAAUGGUACAGAUCCUGGCAAUUGCAGCAACUGCAACACUACAAGUGUACUUUGUGAGAAAACUAUUUGAAGUCAAGGACAAUUCAUCAAAGACCAGAAUCUGA